CUCAGCCCUCCCCUUACUGAAGAGCUCCAGCCUAAAGGUUUGCCAAAAAAUAAACCCAGCACAGCAUUAACAGAAAGCCUUGUUUGUUGGUUAGUUUUUUCAGAACACCUGCAGCAGACAGGAAUUCCAUCUGGAUCUCAAGACAAAGUUUCGGUUCCCGAUUCUGGACCAGAAAUGGCUGAACCUCAGGUGGCUGUGUCUCCUGUGGUAACAUCAAAGUUGUCUGUUAAAGCACCAGAGUUUUAUCCAUCAGGAUACAACCAGAACUUCAAUCAGAACUUUGCAGAUUCUUCCUUUGAAGAUAGAUACGAUGGCUAUCUGACUUUGGCAGAAUAUGUACAAGACUUCCUAAAUCACCUCACUGAACAACCAGGGUGUUUUGAAACUGAAAUAGAGCAGUUUGCUGAAAUGUUGAAUGGCUGGGUCGCUGCAGAUGAAGCUUUACAAGAACUUGUUGAACUCAUCUAUCAGCAGGCCACAUCUGUCCCGAAUUUUUCAUACAUGGGAGCACGGUUGUGUAACUAUCUAUCUCACCAUCUAACUAUUAGUCCACAAAGUGGGAACUUCCGACAGUUGUUACUUCAAAGAUGUCGAACAGAGUAUGAAAACAGAGAUGAAGCUACCAAAGGGGAUGAGACUACUCGAAAACAAUUUCAUGCAUUUGUGCUGUUCUUAGCUGAACUUUACCUUAACUUAGAGAUUAAAGGAACAAAGGGACAGGUAACACGAGCAGAAAUUCUUCAAGAAGGCCUUCGGGAGUUACUAAAUGCACUCUUCUCUAAUCCCGUGGACAGUAAUUUGAUAUGUGCAGUGAAACUGCUGAAGUUGACAGGCUCAGUUUUAGAAGAUGCCUGGAAGGAAAAAGGAAAGAAUGAUAUGGAGGAAAUGAUUCAGAGAAUCGAAAAUGUUGUGUUGGAUGCAAACUGUAGCAGGUGA